CUGCAUUCUUCGCUGAGUGGCUAGGCCCUGCUGCAAUCUCACUGGCUCGUGCGUUGACCAACCAAUUUCUCAAGCUCGUCUCAAUCACCCAGGAUGGAGACAGCUGAAGGUUCCGGGGACAACAGUCUGAGUGAGUCGUUCCUUGCAGGCAGCAAUCAGUAUGUUGUGGAAGGAGGUGAUGGUGAUGAGGUGAUAGCAUCAGGGGAAGGUGACGAAGAAGCAAAGACAGACGAGCCCCUGAGAGAACAGGAUCGAUUUUUACCCAUUGCAAAUGUUGCAAGAAUUAUGAAGAAGUCAAUACCAGCAAAUGGAAAGAUUGCCAAAGAUGCCAAGGAGUGUGUUCAGGAGUGUGUAUCAGAGUUUAUCAGCUUCAUCACCAGCGAAGCCAGUGAGCGGUGUCAUCAAGAGAAGCGAAAGACCAUCAACGGAGAAGACAUAUUGUUUGCCAUGUCUACCCUAGGAUUUGACAACUAUGUGGAACCUCUUAAGGCAUAUCUACAAAAAUACAGAGAAUCAUCGAAAGGGGACAAAGUCCUUACUGUUAAUGCUGCUCAAGAUGCUAGCAUGGAAGAAAUGGUUGGAGAGGAAUCGUUUGGUCAGUCAGUGACGAGCAUGUUGACCACAGAUGGUGUACAUUCAGGAGUCAUUCUUGCUCAGUAUCCCAAUACAAUGAACUUUUCGUAGAGGAAUAAAUCUGCAGUCAAUCUAGUGGUGCAUCUGAGGCAAGCAGCAUCUUAACAAGCCAAAACAAAAUCAUCAGCGGUGUGGCCAGGCAUCCCAGCAUAUAUACACCUAUAACGUCUCAGCGAGGCUAUCAUUGUAGUGUGUCUCAAACCUUGCCAUCUCAUUGGUCAUCCUGUAAGUGAGUUCACAGAAUUUCGAUCCACUUUUAAGCAUGGCCACCAUGGCGGACAUAUUGACUGAAAGAGGACGGACAGUUCUCCCUGCUGUGAAAGUUGGAUAGACAACCAUGUAAACAUUAUGAUCAGACACAGAACCAAUUUGUUAAAGACAUGUUAUUUGUACCAUGUUCACAGCAUAUGGCUUCAAGAAACUGGAUCUAUGGCAACAUUAUCAGUACAUUCUUUGGGGGAUGCCUGAAGAUGAUGUGCGACCUCCCUGUAGACAGACUGGCGUUCUCACAUUAAUGACAGAUUUUCUUCUAAACUUUGUUUGGAAUCUUUGCCAGAUUUAACAUGUGAAGAACAUACAUACCUAGUAAAAUUUUUAGUUUCCGAAUUUUGCUCACAAUAUCAACACCAGUUUGUCUGGCCCAAAUUCGAUCAUUUACAGACAGUCGUCAUAUUUGAUUUGUGAUAAAAUUUGCAAGAUAUUAGAUGACCAGUAAGAUCCUGGAGAGGUCACUCUGUUCUCAUAUGAAUGUUUGAUGGGUGUAAUAGUUUUUGAUAUGGUAUAGAUACUGCGAUUAUGUCCAGUUAUGCAUAAAUUACAUUUCAAAAUUUAUUCGUUGCAAAAUAAGUAUUUGUGAGAUGAACAUAUUUGGUGGGACUAUUGGCCAAUACCUAAACAGAAUUGGCAAGGGUCAGAUCUGGAUAUUAUCAAUAACGUUCUACAUUUGUAUUGACCAGAAACCAGACCAGUGCUUUUAUCAGAGAUUAUCUUGUAAUUGUCAAAUAUUUCAUUUUGUUUGUGUAAUUUUACCAUUUUUAAGUGACAGUGUGUUUUGUGUCAAGUUAAAACCCUUUUAUCACACUCUGUAUUAUCACACUCUAGUUUGCUGGAGAAAGGAUUUCCUUUGGUGCUGUUGUACAUCAUUUUUCAACUAUUUAACCUUGUAGGUACAGCAUUCAUGUAGUGCUUAGAUAACUUAACACUGGCGUUUCCUGGUGUGAAGGAUCUACGACUGAAAUAUGCUGCUGAGCUGUCAUAAAGGAUACUAGCUUCUAAACACAAGGCAGAAAAGGAUAUAUUUCACUCAAUGUUUUUUGUGGUCUUUAGGUGUGGGGACAAAAAUAAAUAAGAAAGAUAUUUCAGAUUUUUUUUAUUAUUAAAAAACUUAAAUAUUUUGCCAUUGUUAGGUAAGCUAUUCUCAUAGUUAGCCUAUUGUAGCAUAUUGUCUUGCAGAUGAUCCUAUUGUAUGCGCAAUUUCUUUUUGGUGUACAUGUACAUUUGUAUUUUGGAAAAACAAAUACCGUAUUCGACGUAAUAAGCGCCCAGGGCGCUCUCAAAAUUAGGAAUAGGGGGCUGUUAUUAGAAUAUUAUUUUGGUGAAAAAGUUGAAAGAUAAA